AUGACGGCCACCUAUAUAACCACGGGCCAAGCACCCCCUUUGCAGACGACCUUUAUAGUUACAAAUGCGGAGCAGCCCCCACAAACCACUUACGUCGAGAUCAUCGAAGAUCCACGGGCCCAACGCAGCUACAACCGCUGGACAAAUAAGCACAGUGCUCACUCCGCAACCUUUGGUAAGUUCUUCAAAUGCUGGAACACUGAAGCCCAUUUUACAGUAAUAACUGCUUAUUUUCAUCAAGGACUCCUAUUAUUUACCUAUGGCGGAAUGGAUAUGGCUCAAGGUCUACAGUGGAAUCUGAAUACAGCGGUUACGAACACCUACGAGUUCGAAUUCAGCUGGUUCGUCGGGGUCAUUAUUGGAGCUGUCGUGGCAGCUCUGACAGUGACCCACGUACCAAAAAGAUAUUUCUAUCUCUUGGGAGGAGUGAUGCUGUUUAUCGAUGCGGUUAUCUUUGUAAGUGCGCCGUACGACUAUUCUCCGAUAGUGGCCGCUCGCUAUGUGGGCGGAGUGGGCAUUGGACUCAUCACGGUGGCCUUCAUCAUACACAACUCGGAAGUAACUCUAGGCAGCUCCCGUGGUAAAUGGUGUGGCUUGGAGCAGUUUGGCUUGGCGCUGGGCAUACUUAUUCAGGUGCUCAUGGAUUCACAGUGGAACUUCAAGUCCAGCAUUGGAAUUAAUACGGCACAUGGAAUCAUUGGCAUUAUCUUUUCCGUUAUAGCCACGGGCUCCGUGGCUGUGUCAGUUGAAUCACCCAUCUUUUACCUCCGCAACAAUAAUGAGGAUGCAGCGCGGAGCUGUCAGACUCAGCUCUUAGGUACCACGGCGCCAACAGAGGUAUUCAAUGCGAUCUUUGACGAAGACAAACGCUACGUAAUGGAAGGCACAAGCCAAAGUUUCGGGGCACAGUUCUCUGCCUCCCUAAUGCCCUUCAUCAAAAUGAUCUUCAGUCGCUGCCUUGUAGCGUUUACUUUCUCAGUGCCGCUCAGCCUAACCAUGUUAGGGAGCACACUUAUUUGGAAGAAAUCCAUCUACAGCUGGCCAAUGAUUUUGUGGAGUAUUUUGCGCUUCAUUGGGGUGCUCUUGGCCAUUGGCGUCGUGGAUAAGCUUGGACGCAAGUUCGUCUCGCUGCUGGGACUGCUGUGCAUGGCGGCUCUUAUGCUGGCCCUGGCAGGCAUCCUCUCACAUGAGACAUACUUUUCAAAUACAUACUUCAUGUCGCAGGUGUCUCGCAUCUCAAUGGCUUUCCAGUUCUUUGCUGGCCUGUUCGUUAUUAGCACACCGGCAUACUUGGGCGAGGCGUUUCCCAUGCGGGUCAAGCCUUUCUUCAUUGGACUGGUUGUCUGUCUUGAGCAAGUUAUUCACAUCAUUGUGAUUGUCACAUUCGGGAAGAGCUCGGACAGCUACUUCCAAUACUUUGUGGGUGUGGGCAUUAUACUGGUAGUCAGUCUGAUCAUUUUUGGCGCGGUGAUGCCGGAAACACGCGGCCUAUCGCUCCGACAGGCGGGUGAACGUUUUAGCCGAGUACAUGAUGUGAUGUCCUACUAA